AUGAAUGAGCCCAACCAAACGAGGUUCGAUGUGCGAGUGGAUAAACGUACGCAGCAACUGCUUUAUUACGAAUGCGAAGUACUUCUCAUGAGCCAAACAUUUGUGAAGAAAUCAGAAGAAUUCAACAAUCAUCGCGCAGAUUCGUUGUUUGGGAAAAGUUUCAAAAAGCGACCCAUUCGAUGCACGGCGCGUCUGUUGAUCGAUCGGAUAAUGUUUGAGAGAAAAAAUAAGCUGGGUCCUAAACCAUUCAGGAAAAUGAUCACUUACAGGGAGAUUAAGUACUUUUUCUCAUCCAAAGAAAAUCCCGAAUUUUUUAUGUUCUGUUUGUUGGACGAAAAAACACAACGAAGGAGUUACGAAAUAUUCCACUGUGAGGAACUGGUCAAUGUGCACACUAUAUGCGCUUUCGUGUACAAUGCCGUGGAAGAUCCACAGUUCAUCGUUCGUGAGCAACCGUCUUUCCAUGAUACUUCUCUAUUCGUUGAUUCACUGGAAGCUGGCAACCCAAACGUAUCCAGUGACCGAACAGAAUCACCAUUUACAGAGAGGCAAAAUUUGAAAGUGCUAAAGAGAACCGAAUCGGUAAGGUCGCGCAGUUCAGGAGGCGGACUAUUUCGUAGGGAUACAAAAUCCGGUAAUGAAAACACCCGAGAGCUAUCGAAUCGCGGUUCAACAUCCUCUGAACAUGAGGAAAAUGAACACAAAUACCGAAAGCCUAGAGUACAAAGUUCAAACGACCGUAAUGUGUCCUUCAAGAUACAUUCAAAUAGACGUGCCAAUGAAAAAUCUGUCGAUGUUUAUAGAUUUUAUGACAACCAAGUUGGUUCUCCAGAUACAAAUUAUAUCCUAAAGCAUACCUCCGGCGGGCACUGCGACAUGUCAAACCAAACAACAGCCACCAGUCCAGUGUUGCGUUCUCGGUCUACAGAUAAUCGCAGCAAGAAAGAGGACAGCAAACGAAGAGAUGUUGACAGGCAAAUUGGGCGACGAACAUCCUCCUGUGAUGCAUCAGGGCAAUUCAAUUACAGAGUCCAAAGCCAUUAUCAUCCUCCAAAACCAUGGAAAAUGAAUCCUUGGAACACAAAUGGAAUCAUUCGGCUUCCUUCAGAUAUUGCUGGUUCUAGUAAUGUUGUUGCCUCCAGACGUAAACCAACUGAGUCUGAGCGUUACUUAACGUAUGCAACCUCGAGUAACUUGUACCAUUCGGGAUAUGCAAAAUCCGAGAUCAAUGGCCAACAUCGACUUGGAUCUUCUGUUUCAUCGUUGACAUCAUUUUAG